AUGCGUGGCAUCCCAGCCAGGGCUCGCUUUCGGCGAGCUCUACAGGCCGAGCACCGCCCAGGAGCGCGCAUUGCAGAGCCAGACUGGCAAGAACGCAACGAUCGCGUCUUCCGCGACCGCCUGGUCCACAUGCCGGAGCAGUUUGCGGAGGCCUCGCAGCGCUACAGCAGCGACCCGCGGGACUACCUUCUAUCGUCGCUGCUGCGCCAUUGCGUGACGAGGCGAUCUCGCACUAGGGGGUGGGACGUUGAGCGAAGCCAGUUCAUGUCGUCCGUCGCUGACGGCACGGCGGAACUGAUGGACAAGCUGCUCGCGUGCGAGUGCGGCAUCGUGCUCCGCUGCUUCCAGAAGAUGGAGUAUCGCGACUACGCGCUACAGCGGGCGUUGAUCGAGCGCAUGCUGCAGCGGGGCCAGGCGUUCAGCCCGUACGCGGCGGUAUCGGCGCUGAGCACGCUGGCAGAAGGCUAUGCGGGCAGCGGCGCUUCCCAGUGGCGGACCAGAAUGGAGGAGACGGAACGGUUGCUGCGGCGGUUGUUGGCACAGGUGCGCGCUCACAUGGAUCGGUUCAACCUGGGCAGCCUCGCGCGGCUGACCAACACAAUAUCGCGUCUACCUUGUGACGUGGGCGGGGUGCUAUCGUCAGUCCGUGACUCUUUGUUCAACCGCCAUAUACCGGAAUCUGACGCUGCCCUGUGGACCGAGGAGGUGGUCCAUUUUUUUGCGAAUGGCCUUUCUCGAAAAGGGAUGCUGGACAAGAAGCUGUUUGACUUCCUGCGUGAGCGCAUCAUGGAGUCGUGCCCAGGCUACAGCGUCGACACGUUGGUAUCGUUGAGCAACGCGUAUUCGAAGUUCGGCAGUGCGGAGGCAGCGGGGUACAUAGAACUUUUCACCCGCCUGGCGGAGGAGAUUGUGACCCAGCGCCACCAGCUGACCAACAGGCAUGUCUGCGUCGUAGCCAAUGCGUUCGCAAUGUCGUGUCUGUGCCACGAGGAUCUGCUCGAGGUCAUUGAUGACAGCUUCGUCUUCGGCAUCGAUGCCUACGACGGCCGUCAAAUCGCAAUGAUGAUUCACGCGUUCAACAAACUGGGCUACCGGUCGCGCAACAACCGCUUCAUCUGGCGCAAGUGCACUGAGCAUCUGGACACGUAUUCGUGGCAGGGCCUGACGAUGAUUUUCCACGCUUACACCAAGGGCGAAAUCCGCGACCAAGCAACGACCGCCAAAUUCUGUCAACGCUUUGUUCAGCUGUUCGACGACUUGGAGCGCCAGAGGUCCGGUGUGGCCGCGCAUGGCCCAACGGGUGCUGACCUGCCCCAGCCCACGACCUACGUCUCCUUGGUGUAUUCGCUGGUGAAGGGCAACAUCCUGCAAAGUGACGAGCUACUCGUGCAUCUGGCCAAGGGCUGCCUUUCCAACCUGUCUACCUACGAGCCAGACGAAAUUGCAAACCUGGCCUUGGCAUUCUCGCGGAUCCGCAAUUACGCGAUGCGUGACGGCGAAGGAACUAGGCAGGAGCUGUCAAGGUUAUGUCAGGAGAUGUUGGAGGGUCUGACAAUGCGCCUGGGGGAAACACGCCUACAGUUUUCGGCCUUUUCGAUGGCAAAGGUCGUGGAAGCACUGGGAGAUUGCGCAUUCAUGCAGAGCGCGCAAGCGGUUUUGGGGCUCGUAAAGCGCAACAUUCUCAUCCUGGACCGCUUAUCGUAUACCCACAUUACGGCAAUUGUGAUUCACGACGACGACCUGAUGUCAGUGCUGAAUUCGUUGAAGCACAAUAAGCGCAUUCGCCAUGCGCAGGCGAGCGCACCUCCAGCUGCGGCUCAACACAGAAGUGUCUGA